AAGAGAAAACUUUUUUGAUAAGUAAAAGAAAAAAAAGAAUAAAAAACGAAUAAUAAAUAUACAGAGGUUAGAGAGAGAAAGGAAGGUUUUUUUUUUAAUAAAAAAUAAAAAUUUCAUCUUUUAUUGCUUCUUCUCAGCUUUGUGUCUGCAUAACAUUAGGGUUUCUUUCUUUUUUCUUUAUUUUUCCCCCUCUAUUUGGAUCUUCAUUAUUUCAACGACAAAUUUCAGGGUUCUAUCAUUCUCCGGUUUUCAUCGUUUUCUGGGUUUGACGAAUUUUCAUAGUGGAUUUUGACUAAAAAAGGGUUUUGUUAAAAAAAUUUGGGAUUUUGGUGCUUGUGAAUUGUGAUGACUACACGAACAUCAUGGGCAGAUAUGGCUGCAAAUUCUGCAGCUGAGAAUGUAGGUUCUGGGUCUUCUUCUGCUAGCAAUAGCAAACCUGUUUAUGUUCCUCCACAUCUCCGUAAUCGUCCGCCUUCUGCUGACCCACCUGCUCCUACUUCCACUGGUCCUGCUUCGAGUAAUGACCGACCCGGACAAGGUGGAUCUCGUUGGGCUGCUCCCAGGAAUGAUUAUGGCAACCGGUCAGGAUAUGGUGGUGGUGGUCGACUUGGUGGGUGGGGUGGCAGAGGUGGUUGGGAUCGUGGGAGGGAUAGGGAAGUUAAUCCAUUUGGAAAUGAUGAUGCAGAUACAGAGCAGGCGUUUAGUGAGCAAGAGAAUACUGCAAUUAACUUUGAUGCCUAUGAAGACAUUCCCGUGGAGACAAGUGGGGACAAUGUGCCUCCACCUGUAAAUACCUUUGCUGAGAUUGACUUGGGUGAUGCUCUGAAUCUAAACAUCCGAAGGUGCAAGUAUGUGAAGCCGACACCUGUUCAGCGGCAUGCCAUCCCCAUUGCCCUUGCCGGACGGGAUUUGAUGGCAUGUGCUCAGACUGGCUCUGGAAAGACAGCCGCCUUCUGUUUUCCUAUUAUCAGUGGAAUUAUGAGAGGCCAGGUUCCACAAAAACCAUUACGUGGAGCACGUACAGUUUUCCCAUUAGCUCUUAUUCUCUCUCCUACCAGGGAGCUGUCAAUGCAAAUACAUGAGGAAGCCAGGAAGUUCUCUUACCAAACAGGUGUUAAGGUGGUUGUUGCUUAUGGUGGUGCUCCUAUUAAUCAACAGUUGAGGGAUCUGGAGAGAGGUGUUGAUAUUCUUGUAGCAACUCCUGGAAGAUUGGUAGAUUUGCUAGAGAGGGCUAGAGUUUCUCUACAGAUGAUCAGGUACUUGGCCCUUGAUGAGGCAGACAGAAUGCUGGACAUGGGUUUUGAGCCUCAAAUAAGAAAGAUUGUGGAACAAAUGGAUAUGCCUCCACCAGGUGUUAGACAAACAAUGCUAUUCAGUGCCACCUUUCCAAGAGAGAUACAGAGACUGGCCUCUGAUUUUCUUGCAAACUAUAUUUUCUUGGCUGUGGGGCGAGUUGGAUCAAGUACUGAUUUGAUUGUCCAGAGAGUAGAAUUUGUUCACGAGUCAGACAAAAGAAGUCACCUUAUGGACCUUCUUCAUGCUCAGAGAGCAAAUGGUGUCCAGGGCAAGCAAGCUCUUACAUUAGUUUUUGUUGAGACAAAAAAGGGAGCUGAUUCACUUGAACAUUGGCUGUGCAUGAAUGGUUUUCCUGCAACUACCAUUCAUGGUGAUAGAAGCCAGCAGGAAAGAGAACAAGCAUUACGGUCAUUUAAAACCGGUGCUACCCCAAUCCUAGUAGCAACUGAUGUGGCAGCUCGUGGUCUUGAUAUUCCUCACGUUGCACACGUGGUGAACUUUGACCUUCCUAAUGAUAUCGAUGACUAUGUUCAUCGAAUUGGACGUACAGGGCGUGCAGGCAAAACUGGUUUAGCCACAGCCUUCUUCAAUGAGAACAAUACUAAUAUGGCAAAGGCAUUAGCAGAUCUAAUGCAAGAAGCGAAUCAAGAGGUACCUGCUUGGCUCACUCGAUAUGCAGCUCGUUCAUUCGGAGGGAGGAAUCGUCGUCCUGGAGGAGGAGGAGGCCGAUUUGGUGGACGUGACUUUCGAAGGGAUUCAUCUUACAACAGGGGUGGUUCAGAUUACUACAGUGGAGGCAACAACAAUUCAGGUGGAUAUGGUGGAGGCUACGGCGCAAACGUUGCCAGUGCAUGGGAUUGAGUACACACUCAUUUAUUUCUACUAGUUUCAGCGUCUAAUAGUAGCAGAGCUUCCCUUUCUUUCAUAGGGACAAUUUUUUCUUUCUUGGGUUUUACUUAUAUUUUGCUAGCAACAUUAGUGAUUGUCGUUUUAUACGUUAGGAAGGUUUUUACAAGGUGUCGAAGGAGUCGAAGUUGUGUGUAUUGUGUUAGUAGGCAUUGGUGAAGAAAUUCUAACCAAAAAAUAGGGGUCACUUCUUACUCCUUUAUGUUUUGUUAGGUAAUGCAAUGGGGCUGUAGAAUAUGUUGUGGGAGAGAGGCAACAUAUUGUCUAUGUUACCUUAUACCUCUUCCUCCCCCUGCCGCUACUGGCGGUGGUGGUUGGUGGGGGUUUAAAUCUUGUUUACUAUCAGCUGUACUGUACUGUACUGUACUGUAAUGGUAUAAUUGUGAAAACAUGAAAUCUGGGGGCUCUAAGAUUGGACUUGCAGAGAAUAUAUAUGGAGCUUGUUUGUCAUUCA